GAGCAAGCGCGCCGAGAGCGGUCGGGGCUGGCGCGGGGGCGCUCUAACCCACUAACCCCGCGAGCAGGAGCGAGCCCGGCCUCACGAGGGCGCCCGCCCGCUGCGGGCUGUCUUCACCGCAGACGGGAAGCUGCUCAGCACCGGCUUCAGCAGGAUGAGUGAGCGGCAACUCGCGCUCUGGGACCGGAUAGGCCAGGCCGCGCCGGGCGCGCUAGCUUGCUCCUUCACUGGGUCCGCCGGGAGCGCCUUCCCGGGCUGUGGCUGGCGCCCAAGAGGCCAGAGCGGAACGAGGACAUCCCAUUCGGGAAAAGCCUCGCUGCGACUCCGGGGAGCCAGCAGACACCCCUGCUCUAGGGAUCGGCCUUUGAGCGCGUUUAAGGGUUCGGGAUCGGCUGAGAGCCGCGUGCCUCCUGCUCUCUCCAGGCCCGGAUGCUCUCCAGGUCAGGGGCCAGCCGUGGCCCCGCAGGAAGCUGAGUGCUUAGGCCCCAUUUGUCUCUUCCCCGCAUCCGCUCCUCCACCCCGGACACCCAAGUCAGCAAGCUGGUUGCUCAUCCCUCCAUGCUCCUCAGGGCAGGCAGCUGGGUGAUGUCCCUCCCUGUCUCCCCCUCCCCCCAGGAGAGGUUUGCGGCCCACGAGGGGAUGAGGCCCAUGCGGGCCGUCUUCACGCGCCAGGGCCAUAUCUUCACCACGGGCUUCACCCGCAUGAGCCAGCGAGAGCUGGGCCUGUGGGACCCGGUAACGCAGCUGGAGGCUUGGGUUUUGCUGCGUCGCGUGAAGGAUCCUGCGCUGGCGCCCCCACCUGGUGAUGCCGAGUCCCUGGGGGUGGUUUGCUGUGACUGCAUGCGGCGCGCAGCGGAACAACUUCGAGGAGCCAGUGGCACUGCAGGAGAUGGACACAAGCAACGGGGUCCUAUUGCCCUUUUACGAUCCCGACUCCAGCAUCGUCUACCUGUGUGGCAAGGGCGACAGCAGCAUUCGGUACUUUGAGAUUACCGACGAGCCGCCUUUCGUGCACUACCUGAACACGUUCAGCAGCAAAGAGCCGCAGCGGGGCAUGGGUUUCAUGCCCAAAAGGGGACUGGAUGUCAGCAAGUGUGAGAUCGCCCGGUUCUACAAGCUACACGAAAGAAAGUGUGAACCUAUCAUCAUGACUGUGCCCCGCAAGUCAGACCUGUUCCAGGACGAUCUGUACCCGGAUACGCCGGGCCCCGAGCCGGCCCUAGAAGCGGACGAAUGGCUAUCCGGCCAGGACGCCGAACCCGUGCUCAUUUCGCUGAGGGACGGCUACGUGCCCCCUAAGCACCGCGAGCUCCGGGUCACGAAGCGCAACAUCCUGGACGUGCGCCCGCCCUCUGGCCCCCGCCGCAGCCAGUCGGCCAGCGACGCCCCCUUGUCGCAGCACACCCUGGAGACGCUGCUGGAAGAGAUCAAGGCCCUCCGCGAGCGGGUGCAGGCCCAGGAGCAGCGCAUCACGGCUCUGGAGAACAUGCUGUGCGAGCUGGUGGACGGCACGGACUAGCCCCGCGCGCCAGGCAGGCGGAGCGGGGCGGGGCGCACAAGCUCGGCCCCGCCCCGGCUUUUAGUCCCGAUCUCCGGACCCCGCCUUCUUGGGCUGGGGCCGGGGUCGGGACUGGGAAGGGAACUCCGCCCCUCGCGGGAGACCAGAACUCUUGGAGCUUAGGGGAGACCCACGUCGGUCCGGCGGAGGCUGGACUGCGAGCCUCGUCUGGGACUCGGCUGGAGCUGGCCUGGGGAGGCCUGGGGUAACCUGGGGGGCUCAGCAAUGGUGCUGCACGGCGAGGUGGUGUCCCCCUUUGUCCUCCGCCCAGGGCAGGGAAAGUGCUUAGUAUUAGCGCGAUGCUUGGGGAUGUUGAAGCCUGAGCUUGACCUCAAACGGGUGGCGAUUUCAUGGGUCCCCCCAGGCUGGGGAAAAUGACAGCGCUUCUCCUAAUCAGCUCACUGGAUUCCAUCACCCUGAGCGGUAAACCAGAUGGGCGUCACCCCAGUUCUGCACACAUACACAACCCGUUUGCUGCAGAGCCGAACCCAGUGGCUACACCCACAGCGGUCUGUGGUAGAGAACUCUCUUCCUUCUUUCCACCGACAGGGGCGAGGGCUGCUUCCUCGCGGCAGCCCCCCCGAAGAAAUCUCGAGAGAUCUGGCAUGAGGAAUUAGGUUCAUCACAAAUACACACACGCUGCCCCCAACCCUCGGCCGUUGCCUCUCUCAGAAAAACAAGACGUACUGAAUGAAACAUUUUACUAAGCGUUCAGUCUGUGCCUCCUGCAUGGGUGGGAGUGAGGGGAACGAGACCCCCAGCCUCUGCAAAUGCUACCCCCAGGCUCCUGCGAGACCUGGCGACGCACUCCUGGGCUCAGGGCCCAUCAGGCAGCCUCUUACCCUAGAGCUCUCUCCACUCUGAGGUUCAGAAGGACCCCAACCCACACCGUAGGCGUUCCCCCAAGUAAAGUUAGGUAGCAAAAGCC